GUCAUCAAAGGUCCUUUCGCUUGCUUGGAACGAGUACUUCCCAACGUCUCAACUGCCUCUUCACUUCCUCCUUCCCAGCGCAGACAAUGAAAGAGAAGGAAAUGCAAACUUGCACAACAUCUGCCCUUCCAGCCUCCCCCAACCCCAGCAGCUCUGUUCCCCCCCUCACACCUCCUGAAGGGCAAGCAGCGCCGUGCAGUGGCGCCGGCCAAGGUGAGGCAGCCGCUUGUCAUGCCCCUCCUACAUCUGAUGUCUCAGAAGAACUUAGCAGGCAGUUGGAGGAUAUCUUAAAUACUUAUUGUGUGGCUGCUGGCCAAGAAGGAGUGGCAGACUCUGAGGAGACUGACAAAGGUCCACCAGAGUCUUCUAGGAAUGGGGAAACCAAGCCUGUAGUGCCAGAAGUUAAUGGCGUGAAGGCGGAACCACGUGGUGCAGAAGACAACAGGACAGUGAGUGACCCUGAUAAAGAUCAGAAGCGUGUGCAAGACAAGAAAAAGACAAAGGGGCUCGGAAAGGAGAUCACCCUGCUAAUGCAGACCCUAAACACACUCAGCACCCCAGAAGAAAAGCUGGCUGCCCUGUGCAAGAAAUAUGCAGAACUGCUGGAAGAACAUAGAACGUCUCAAAAGCAAAUGAGAAUCCUGCAGAAAAAGCAGACUCAGCUCAUCCAGGAGAAGGACCAGCUCCGUAACGAACACAGCAAGGCCAUUCUGGCUCGGAGUAAAUUGGAGAGUCUGUGUAGGGAGCUGCAGAGGCACAACCGAAGCUUAAAGGAAGAGGGCGUACAGAGAGCCCGGGAGGAAGAGGAGAAACGCAAAGAGGUGACGUCUCACUUCCAGUUGACGCUGAAUGACAUCCAGACUCAGAUGGAGCAGCACAAUGAGCGCAACACUAAGCUGCGCCAGGAGAAUGUGGAACUAGCUGACAGGCUGAAGAAACUGAUCGAGCAAUAUGAACUGAGGGAAGAGCACAUUGAUAAGGUUUUUAAACACAAAGAUCUUCAGCAGCAGCUGGUGGAUGCCAAACUGCAGCAGGCUCAAGAAAUGCUGAAGGAGGUGGAGGAGCGUCAUCAGAGGGAAAAGGACUUUCUCUUGAAGGAGGCCGUGGAAUCCCAACGUAUGUGUGAGCUCAUGAAGCAGCAGGAGACCCACCUCAAGCAGCAAUUGGCCCUGUAUACAGAGAAGUUUGAGGAGUUUCAAAACACUCUUUCUAAAAGCAAUGAGGUCUUCACAACCUUCAAACAGGAAAUGGAAAAGAUGACCAAAAAAAUCAAGAAGUUGGAGAAAGAGACAACCAUGUACCGAUCCAGAUGGGAGAGCAGUAAUAAGGCGCUGCUUGUGAUGGCCGAGGAGAAAACUCUUCGUGACAAAGAGCAUGAAGCUUUGCAGGCCAAGAUCCAAAAAUUGGAGAAGCUGUGCCGGGCAUUACAGACAGAGCGUAAUGAUCUGAACAAGAAGGUGCAGGGCCUCAGUGGACCUCCAGCCCCUGCGACAGAGACCACCCCAGAUGAUUGCGCGGCAUGUACAGCACCCGCCAGCAGUGAGAAUGUACAACUGAACAGUGGUGGGUGCGGGCAGAAUACACUUGAAGUCACAGCACCCUCUCCUCUUCCAUCUGCCGCAACUGAAUAACACUGACGGGAGUGAUGCUACAUAUGUAAUGUCCUCAUUCCUUUUAUAAAAUGGCUUCCACUUUUAUACCCUCCUUAAACACUCACCUUUCCUUUUUUGCUUUUACAUUAUUCUUUUUUUACUUUUAAAAUGCAGAUAUGAAACUUUCCUGUAAACCAGUCUGCAUACGAUCCCUGGAGCAGCAUUCAUUUUGCAGGUGGCCCAUGCGCAGUGUAGUUUAUUUUGCUGUUAGACACUAUUUUUGUCCUGAUUCAUUCUAAAGAAACUAAUGUAAUAAAGGCCUAGUAACUAUUA